GAAUAUACAAUUGUAGGCCAUCUCAAUUGGCAGAUCCAGGCUAGGGUUUACCUUCCUUUUCAAUAAUACCGUAUCUUACUCGCAAAUCAGUAAUGGAACUUGUAGAUUUUAAAUCAAUUUAAUCAGUGAAGAACAUCUUAAGGUCUGAUCUUUAGAUUAGUUUGCUAUAUCCAUUGCAGCACACUUUGUAAUCACUUGUUUUUACCUUUCUUUGCAGCUCCAGUACACUUACCUUGUCCCUACACCUUACCUUUGACCUCCCAUACAAAACCCAACGGCUCUUUUAAGAGCCAAACAUCUCAUCUUUCUCAUCGUUUUGAAAACACCUAGAAUGUCCAAUAACUCGCUAGAAGCGGCACUUCUUCUUGGUGAUGUGUUCCUUAACCAGAUACAGGAACAAAACCAAAUCCCGCCUGCUAAAAAGGGCAAACCAUGUCGCACAACUGUCCAGUGGACGGAAAGGGACAGCAGUGUAAAUGUUGGAAGGCCUCAACGGAAAGGAACCACAAAAUCUUCUGGGAAUGAAAGGCAGGCCUUGAAUCCUGUUUACGACACCAGUGUGGCCACCUUUCAGAAAGAUUUUAUUCUUCAAACAGAGAUCGCUUCACUCAUUGAAGAACUGGGGCAUAUUUUAAACAAUGAGCCAGAAGAAUUAUCUUCAGCCAUGACCUGGCAAAAAAGGCAGGCUAUGAGCCAUGAGAGAUGGCAGAUGGCGAGGGAGGCCAUGGUUGGAAAUGUAUUGGCAGCUGAGCAUGUGAAGGACUGCAUCUGCCAACACUGCCAAACUGAAGAGGCUGUUAUAAGGUGCAGAGACUGUCUACCUAGGCAGUAUCUCUGCACCAAAUGUGAUGGAGAAGUUCACCAUCACCUACCUCUCCACAACAGGGACUCCAUGGUUUGUGGGUUUUACAAGCCAUUGAGUCCAACCACUGCAGUCAAGAGGCAUUCACAGGCCUAUCAUUAUUCUGAGCAGGUCCGACUUCUCCCGGUACUUUUGCCCCAGAGCAUUUGCGCUUGCCCAGCAAGUUCAUGCCGGAUGAUCAGUGGCAAGUCCAUCAUUCUGAUAGGAAUGAAUGGACGCUACAACCUCACCCUUCCAGCUAUGGAGUGCUCCGUCUGUUUGGCAACAUGGGCAGUUGGGCUGAGUGAUCUCCUUAUGUCUGGGUACUGGCCAGCCUCUGUACAUUUUGAGACCGUGUACGAGGCUGGGCUCUUCAGGUCUUUCUUGGACUUAAAGCUUUUGGCUCCAGGAGUCUUACGUCAAGCAUUCCUAGGGAUUUCUGUGUACGGCAAAAAAAGUAGGUAGGCCUUUAGCCUCAGUCGUAAUAGAUAUGUACAGCUGUAAUAUACGGUUUUGUUAGUCAUCAUGUGUAAUUUCACAUAAUUAAACACAUAUUAUACGAAACUAUACGAUUACUUCGUUCUACUAAUGUUCGGAAUCUCGUCUAUUUUAAAGAACGACAGUUAGCUAUCUGUGA